AUGAUAUUUCACUAUAUUACUCGCAGUGCUAAGUCUGAAUACAACAUGGCUGAAGCACAGUAUACAAAGAGAAUAAUGUGGAAGAAAUAUAGUUCAAUUGUUCUUAUCGUUUUCUUUGCAGUCUCGCUCGGACAGUUGGCCUGUCGGAUUAGUAUAAUCCUCAGCAGAUUUGAUACCAUGGAAGAUUUCAUGGACCAUAUCAUGGAACAUUUCAUGAACAUAUUUCUUAAAAUAAUUUUAUCUGCGACCAUUUUGUUUCUUCCAGCUGCAUAUUUUACGCAAAUUCACGCAAAAAAAGUCGUCGGUAACAUGGAAGUAAGGAAAGUGAUGCAUUGGCUCAUGUUAUUUAAUUUCUCAGGGCUCAUCUUCAUUACAAUCUGCAGAGGAUUAGGCAUGACUGAAAGAGAACCGAAGUUGGUCUACUCAAUAACCGAUGUCGGAAUUUUAAAUACCAUAACCAUCUCGCUUUUACCACUAUAUAUAAUGAUUCCCACCCUUCUGGAAGUGAAAGACGUUAUUUUGCCAUAUUGCCCAGCGAUAGUAGAUAUCUACGACGGUAUUGAGAUGUCAGAAACAAAAUUGAAUUUAACGAAUCCGGCGUGGGUGCAAAUCAUGAUUUGCUUGGCUGUUAUCAUGUUCUACAUUCCAUCAUUAUUGGAAAUAUAUCAUCUCAAAUUUCCUGACUUAACAAAUGGAUCGAUCUAUUCGGAACGAAGAGUUAGGCUUUUUCAAUGUGUUUCCAGUUGCAUGUUUCUUGUUCUUCGUGUAGUACUGUUGGCAUACAAGCCGCAUGAAAUUGGAUUUGCUAUCAAGACAUUUUUUAGAGCGUACUGUCAUUUCAAGAGAUUGUCAGAUCUGCAUCGUGCUCCAAAGAUUGUUUCAAUUCAGGCGACAGAAAUCUUGACAGAAAUACCCUUGACUAUGAUCGUCAGUGAAAGGAGAAGCUUGUACGACAUAGCAAGUGGCAAAACAUACAGAUGCAAUGAAAUACGCAUCGACGUCACCUCCGACAACAACAGAAGCAUAAACUAUAAUAGACCCAGUCGCAGAUCUCUAAGCGUAUAAAGAUACAGAGAAAAAAAAUAGGGGUCGGUAUUUCCGGGUAUUUCUUUUGUAUUUUUCUGUUACGUUUAUCUUAUGUGUACUUGUUUAAACUAUAGACUUAAUUUUUUGCCAUAUUACGGUAAGAAUUAGUGAAAUGCAUGUCAAGACACGUAGUUUUAAAAACCACUGUGAUUCUGUGAAGGUAGCCGCGGAUUGAAUUAUAUUAUAGUAUUAUUAUUGGAUUUUAGGCCAUAUUUCAAGUAGUUUUAAAAACCACUGUGAAGGUAGCCUCAGAUUCGGCCUCGCAUUCAACUGUAUUCAAUCAUUCAAAAGUAGAUUACUUGAAACCUUUUUUCUGGCAUUAAGUAAAUCAGGGGCGGAUCCAGUGGUUUUGUUGACUGAUGCACUUAACCUCGCACUUGUAGGGGGGUCCGGGGGAAUAUUCCCCCGGGAAAUUUUGAAAUCUAGGACUUUGAGUUACUGCAUGUAUACGAAGGCCCUCUCUGGAGCUAGUCACUCUAAUAUUUAUGGAUGCAUUUAUAUCCAAUAUUUUGACAAAUGCAGUUUAUAAAUACUGUAAAAUUAUCAAAGUAUUCAAGGGUGUUAGGUACUAGUUUUCAUUGUUGCUGAGCAG